UAGAUUCACAUGACAAGCCUGUGAGUAGAUGCUCUGUAAAACAGAGAACAAAAAUGAGCAGUGUGUGUGAGGAGAAACUUCUGUAAACUUCCUCUUUUAAGUGUGAAGGGUUUUUUUGGCUCGCUAACAUUUAUGCACUUUUCUUAACGGAACAUUACCCUGCUGAUCAUUCUGCAACAAGGAUGCACACUCUGUGUGCCAUGUUGCUUCUGGUCUCCCUGGAUCUCAGCCACUCUUCUUCUACUGCCUUACGUAAAUUGUGGGAAGAUUGGACAGUAAAACAUCACAAGGUGUAUGAUAAUCAGACUGAGGUCGUUUUCAGGAGAGCGGUUUGGGAGAAGAACGUGCUGUUAGUGUUGAGGCACAAUCAGGAGGCCUCAGCAGGGAAACACAGUUUCAGGAUGGGACUCAAUCAUCUGGCUGACAUGACAGCUGAGGAGAUCAAUGAGAAACUGAAUGGUCUGAAGCUGGAAGAUCCAUCAAACUUCAGAAACGGCUCUUUAAAGGAAGUCAGCAGCGUAUCGAUACCUCAGAGUGUGGACUGGAGGAAGAGCGGCCUGGUCAGUCCGGUCCAGAACCAGGGGAUGUGUGGGUCAUGCUGGGCCUUCAGCUCUGUGGGGGCUCUGGAGGGUCAGAUGAAGAAGCGGACAGGAGUUCUGGUUCCUCUGAGUCCACAGAACCUGGUGGACUGCAGUUUCGUGGAUGGAAACCGUGGCUGCAGAGGAGGAUUCAUCUCUAAAGCCUUCGGAUACAUCAUCCGCAACCAAGGGAUCGACUCAGAGAGCUUCUACCCGUACGAACACCAGAAUGGGAAGUGUCGUUAUUCCGUCACAGGAAAAGCCGGUUACUGCUCUGAUUUCCACAUCCUCCCAUAUGGAGAUGAGAAGACUCUGAAGGCCGUCGUGGCAUCAGUCGGUCCAGUGUCUGUGGCUGUGAACGCCAUGCUGAAAUCUUUUCAUCUCUAUAGAGGAGGUUUGUACAACGUUCCCAGCUGCAAUCCCCGCUUGACCAAUCACGCCGUGCUGGUCGUGGGCUACGGCAGAGACCAAGGACAGGACUUCUGGCUUGUGAAAAACAGUUGGGGAACCACGUGGGGAGAAGACGGCUUCAUUCGGAUCGCCAGAAACAAGAAGAAUCUCUGUGGCAUUGCCAGCUUUGCAGUCUACCCCACGCUGUGAAAAUGUCACCUGUGUCCUUCAUUAUCAGAGCAGGACUUAAGUUAUUUUGUUUACCGGGGGGGGGGGGGCAGUUUGUUGUCAUGUUUAACAGUGGUCAUGUUUAAGCUAUACUACAAUUAAAAACUAAGCCAAAAAGAGUUUUCAGUGUCAUUCAGUAAAUUACUUUACUAGUCUAAAUAACUUUGAAUGUUUAAGUAAUCGAUUAAAAAAUGUCUGUAAAGAAAGAACAGAGACUGUGUCCCUUUAAAAAUGUUUUGGUCACAUAACUGAACUGAGAGCCUGUAAUGUUAUUAUAUAACAGGAUACAAUACGAUUAAGAGAUAUCAGCCUGACAAUGUUUUUUAUCUAUAAGAAAUAUAAGAAUCACGUCAUGUUCACUUAUGUAUCUCGUAGUCAUCCUUUGUCCAAGGAGUUGAAGUUGCUGCCAUCUGGCUGCAGAUUCAGCCUGCCGGCAUGUAGGGCAAGCAGACUGAGAAACUAAUUUGUCCCUGCUCUCAUCGCCUUUUUAAAUGAAUAAUGGUGUUGCUUUUCAUCUGUGUUUUUUAUCUAUUGUAAUGAAUGAAUUGUCCUUUCUUAUAUGGUAUGCUGAUUGCUGGCUGUAUCUUACUGCUGACUGCAAAACAAAUUGCCCUCUCACAACAAUAAUAAAGACAACCUUGACCCUCA